UAGUAGCCCAAAACCAGCGAACCCUCUCGAGUCUCGUCUUCUCCCCGACUCCCGUCCCUCGACGGCUCGACUCGUCUCUGGAGUACUCCCGAAGCCUCCUCCUCCCUUCGCCCGUUCGCCGUUUCGGGCCGAGACCUUCCCCCCACCGGGCUUCUUGGACAAUCCCCCAAGGUUAGGACGGCGGUCUGGGAGCAAGAGGCGGCGGGGAUAUGACGCAGAAUUUGGAAUUAUUCAAAUUGUCGGGCUUUUUACUGGCGAAGAAGGAAGAACCGAACUUAACUUAGGCCGUAGUUCUAGUUUGAGUUUAUUUCGUAUGUGAUUGCGGAAGUUGAGUGGACGGCCAACAUUUGAACCUACAUCUCCAGUUAGUAUUUGUAAACUAAAUUUUUUGUUUGCCCACUACCUCUUUAUUGAGUUGGAUAUGCAAUGGCGUAACUUGUUUCAUGCUUUUGGACCUGUGGCUUGGAAAAUGGAAUCCCCCUUGUGCAGGAAACUAAGACUAGGUCAAACAGUGCUUCAGCAUCUUCCACUGGAAAUCUUGGUGAUCGGUACAAUUAUACGAAGUAUUCAAGCUACUUAAACGAUGAACCGAUGCCUGAUGCUGCGUCAGAAAAGGAACAGGGCAAUGAGUAUUUCAAGCAGAAAAAGUUCGCUGAAGCUAUUGAGUGCUACUCAAGAAGUAUCGGGUUGUCUCCUACAGCAGCCGCUUUUGCAAAUAGGGCUAUGGCAUAUCUUAAACUAAGAAGAUUCGAGAAGGCAGAGGACGAUUGCACUGAAGCUCUGAAUCUGGAUGAUCGCUAUAUUAAAGUGUACUCACGGCGAAUUGCUGCAAGAAAAGAACUUGGGAAGCUUAAGGAAGCAAUGGAUGAUGCUGAAUUUGCCAUCAGUCUUGAUCCAAACAAUCCAGAGCUGAGGAAGCAAUAUUCUGAGAUAAAAGCAUUGCACAUGGAGAAAAUGGCUAAGAAAGCUAAAUGUGCAGUUUCUGGAUUUGAUGAAACUUCUGAUAAAAAGGACAUCACUUCUCAUCCACCGACUAUCUCCCUGAAGGACAGUUUCAUGGAAGUUGAUUCACAUAUUGGAACUGCAAUGGAGAUCAGAGAGGGUGCAGGUGGCAGGUCUAAAGGAGGAUCUGGAGUAAUCAUCAAUGACUACAUCAUGCAGUCUCGAGAUGCUAAACAGAAGCCUGGGCCAGAAGCUUCAGUUCAAGAUCUUGCAUCACGUGCUGCUUCACGGUAUAUGUCCAGCACAGUAAAGAGCGUAAAGACACCAAAGACUGCUUAUGACUUUGAGGUUUCUUGGAGAGCUCUUUCUGAUGACAUUGCCCAGCAAAUACAGUUGUUAAAGUCAAUUCCGCCGGCAAGCCUUCCAGAGAUUUUUAAGAACGCACUUUCUGCAGGCUUUCUUAUUGAUAUUAUGAAGCGUGCAACCUCAAUUUUCCGGGAUGAUGCAGCGUUAGCUGUUAGCAUUUUGGAGAAUUUGGCAAAAGUUCCACGCUUUGACUUGAUAAUCAUGUGCCUUUCAUCGAUGCACAAAUCUGAACUGAGGAAGAUAUGGGAUCAAGUAUUCCUUGAUGAAAGAGUAUCAGCUGAUCAGAUGGAAAUCCUCAGGCAGCUGCAAGGUAAAUAUAUUCAGGGAGGAUGGCAGGAUAACAUGUUCACUUCGAGUUAAUGAUGACGGUGUAAAGACGGAUCAUUAUAAACCUUUUGCUGCCUUUCCAACUGAAAUUUUCCUGGAGUGUCUGUCAAAUGUCAAGGCUGAGGGAUGCAGUAAAUGAUUGAAGCAUUUAGUUUAGAAACAUAUAUGUUAGAGAGCAAGUGGUUGUGAAAUUCGUGAUGCCUUCUUGACAUGAAAGGUUGUUGCACCUGCCAUAACCUUGCCAUGUGUUCCAGGACUAGUAGGGUUCUGCCUGUAUACCCUGAUGUAGACGAUUCUCGACGUUGACAUCUUACAUUACCUAGUUGCUUCUGUUGACAGUGAGAACAGUUGCCUAACACUGUUCCACAAUGUAUACGCGUUACUUCUUGCAUUUUUUUUUAAAGAAUUUGUAGCAUGGCCUAUGUAUCUUUGUUUUGAAGGAUAGGGGUAAGUUCCCAUGACCU